UAGUCGCGCGGCGCUGGCGACGCUCACUGCCCACCGCGUCGUCGCAGUGCUCAUCUCCGCCGUCCUCGCGACACGACCGCUCCGCUCCGCCUUUCGCGCUUUCGCCCGCCGCGUCCUCGAACACGUCCAAAUGGUGGACACCGCCAUCGGCGUCCUGGACCUCCGGUGCCGCAGCCUGGCCUUCUACACCUGGCUCAUCCUCUUCGUGUUCGGCUCGGCCCUAUGAGAAAUCGAGCAGCGCGCACCCCCGCCGCACCCCCUUCGUUACGCAAGCAGCGCAAGCACCACCGCACGGCCGGCGCCCCUCCCCGCCCCCUCCACCGCUCCCUCCGCCGCCACUGUACAGGCUGAGGCCUUCCUUCGGCCCAAAGGCGACCGCCAGAAACACACGCUGCCUGGCCGCGACGCAGAGCAGACGUGCCGACGUGCCCUCGAAUCUAGUAGGCUGCUCGCCGGCCGCCACGCCGCCACGUCGCAGGGCGCUCCUUCCACUCCGUGCCGUUCGCGAUCAUGUGUCAGUGAGUGCGCCGUGACGCCGUGACAUCGUGCUGCACCACCACCGCGAUGGCCAACACCACGAUGAGCCGGCACGCCCUGGGCGCCGCGCUGGGCCUCGGCCCCGACGCCAGCCUCCUGCACGGCCUCGGACGCAUGUUUUACAUGGUGGAGCCCGCCGACACCACCUUCGAGACGCCCCAGGAGGUGCCCUUCUACUGGAGACAGGCCUGGCCCUACUUCCUGGCCUUCCUGCUGCUGGAGAACCUGGUGCUGUGGCUGGAGCACAAGCCCCUGGCCCGCCUCAACGACUCGCUCACGUCCAUCUCGCACGGCAUCUUCCAGGAGUGCGGCAGGUUGGUGUUCCGAGGCGCGGAGCACUGGAUGUACCUGUACAUCUACGACAACUGGCGCCUGGCCGACCUGCCCUGGGACUCGGCCAUCACCUGGUACCUGGCCCUGCUCGGCGUGGACUUCUGCUACUACUGGGUGCACCGCGCCAGCCACGAGGUGCACAUCCUGUGGGCGCAGCAUCAGGUGCACCACAGCUCCGAGGACUACAACCUGUCCGUGGGGCUGCGGCAGUCCGUGCUGCAGGGCUGGUGCGGCUUCGUCUUCUACCUGCCCAUGGCGCUGCUCGUGCCGCCGGCACACUUCUUGACCCACCAACAGUUCAACCUGCUGUACCAGUUCUGGAUCCACACCGAGACCAUCAGCACGCUGGGGCCGCUGGAGUGGGUCUUCAACACCCCCAAGCACCACCGGGUGCACCACGGGUGCAACCUGUACUGCUUGGACAAAAACUACGGCGGCUUCCUCAUCAUCUGGGACCGCCUGUUCGGCACCUUCGCCGACGAGCGCCCCAAGGAGGAGACCAUCUACGGCCUCGUCUUCAACCAGCCCUCCUUCAACCCCUUCUUCCUCCAGAUCUUCUACAACAAGAACGUCGUCAACAAGGUGCGCGCCAUGACGGGCUGGAGGAACAAGGUGUCGGCCGUCAUCAAGGGCCCGAGCUGGCUGCCGGGACGGCCGUGGACGGGCGCCGACGAGGACAAGAUCGAUGUGAAGCCGCGGGACAAGUACGAGGUCCGCCUGCCGCUCUGGGUCAACGUGUACCUGUCCAUGCACUUCGUCCUCGUCGUGCUGGGCUUCCAGGAGCUGGCGCUGCGCUACAUGAGCAUGAGCCCGCUGGUGGUGCUGGGCUUCGUGGCGUACAUCCUGGCGUCCCUCACCACCAUCGGCAUGAUGUUCGACGGCCGGCCCGGCGUGUGCCUCAUGGAGCUGGUGCGCUGCGCCGUCUUCGUGGCGGGCGCCCCGCGGUACUGCGGGCUGCUGGCCGGCGCGCCCUGCACCAUGCUGGUGCCCGUGCUGCAGGCCGCCUUCGCCCUGUCCGGCCUCUUCUGGACGCUGCAGGCGCUGCGAGUGCUCCAGAUCAAGAUCAAGAAGACCAAGUAGAAGGUCCGACAGCGGGAAUCGAACCCGCGUCGUCGUGCCCGAGGUGUGGUCCCCCUAACCCCUCGGCUGUGCCGCCGUCCAUCACGACGAGGCGCUGGACCCGUUGCCACUCGGGUGGACGCACACGUGCCGCCUCCAGGCCGCCAGGCCGCCGGGCCGCCUCGAGAAAGCUCUUCCUCAGGAGACUGACCGCCACAAGGCGGAAAAUUCCGUUUCUCCGGUUUCCGCGCGUUUUGUUGUUUUAAUUUAUUUCGGAAGCCGGAGCCGGAUCCCGAACCCGAGUUCACAGUGCCAUAACGCGAGUGUGAUACACAUACGCCAUGCCUAGUGUGCAGUUUGGGCUCGGCGAGGUGCUCAGACACUCAGGCCCCAGGGUGGCAGUCUGCAGCCAGUCUGCAGGCAGUCCUGCCACCCCUCCGGCCGCCGCUCCGCUUGCACCGAGUCCAAGCCAAACCCGUCGUCGGCCGCCUCUUGGCGCCCGUGUUCGCACUAACGUCUCACACACUAAUCUCAUUAGUCUUAGUCUCGUACUUAAGAAGCGUCUAUGUGUUCGUAGUGUGCCAUUCUCCCCAUUGUGAUAGCGUAGUACUUCGAAAUGGUAUUCGGUUCAACAAAAAGGUUUGUGCUACAAUCAUGCGAAUUUGUGUUCACAACAUCGAUGCCAUCUACGUAGACUGGUUUAUUACUUUUACUAUAAUAUUCACUUUAUUUUUUUAUUUAUGACUCAUUAGCUCAUAGCCGAAUAACAUUUCGCACUCUAUUUAUAAAUCGUGAUUUUGUGUUCUUUUUUGUCAUGUAAGUUGAGGUACAAAGAGACUGGGAUUUCCUGGUCGUGAAACAUGUGCAAUAAAAGAGAGGUGGGUGUUUUAAUGAA